AUGAUGAGAGUUAGUAAAAGAUAUUUAGUUAGUCCAGGAAUCAAGAGACCUCAAAUUGUCAAAACCACUCAAACUUCCCACAAAGUAGACGGACCUGUUGCUGCAAGAAGUCUUAUGAACGGAUUGAAAGGACAACCAGUUUUCCCAAAGGGUAACGUUUCCAUCAAUUUUAAGAGACAAUUUUCCAACAUGUCAGCAUGGUUCAUGACUUUUGGUGGUAUGAUGAUGGCUUGGCCAUGGUUAGCCAAGCAUGGAUCCAACUUUGUCCAUUCUGUUCCAGGACAAACCCCUGCGGUUUACUUCGAUCAUGGAGAGGCUGUAGUUAACACUCCAAAUAAGGUACAUUUAGAUAAACCUUCAGAUGAGUAG